CUGUUAACUUUUUCCGCACAUCGAUAGCAGGACUACAAAGGCUGGAUUUUUUAACUUAUAGUCAGGAUAUUCCAUUUACACGACCGGACUCACUGCGCUGCCAAUACGUUUUUUUAAUCUAGCCUAGUUCUUGGUAGCACAGACUCAUCAGGUAAAAGAAUGGAGUUUAAAUAGAGGUUAGUAAGUAAUAAGGGCAGGGAUUUUGCCUUGCGUUUAAACGCUAGGCUGGAUCGCGUAAAGUUCUGUCAAAGCGAAUAAGGUUCAUCUAAAACACCAGAAGUCAUGUCGGAGCGGACUCCUCUUUUGCAUUAUCGGCUCUCGACCAGCGUCAAUGAAUCCGUGGAGCAACAGUCGCCUCAAACCGGGGAAACAGUGGACCGAACCCCGGCCACUGUUCGACGGAAGUCGACGCCGGAUCAACCCAAGAAGCUGACAACAUUUUUUGGCGUGGUUAUCCCAACGUUACUGUCUAUGUUCAGCGUAGUUGUGUUUCUGAGAAUAGGGUUCGUGGUGGGACAGUCUGGAUUGUACCAGGCUAUUGCCAUGUUCCUGGUGGCAUAUUUCAUCAUCAGUAUGACUGUGCUGUCAGUGUGUGCCAUCUCAACCAAUGGAGCGCUGGAUGCUGGAGGAGCCUACUAUAUGAUUAGUAGGGCCUUGGGUCCUGAGUUUGGGGGAAGUAUUGGCAUUAUGUUUUUCCUGGCCAAUGUGUGCGGCAGCGCCCUCUAUGUGCUGGGACUGGUAGAGGCCGUGCUGGACACGUUUGGACUCCCAGAAGAUGGACAGUCUGCGUCUAAAUACGCUGUCUUCCCCACCGGUCACUGGUGGGCUUUUCUCUACGGAACGGUCAUCCUGCUUGUCUGUUUACUGGUUUGUCUGGUCGGGGCUCACAUCUACGCCAAAGCCACCUUCGUCAUCUUCCUCGUCGUCAUGCUGGUGCUCUGCACCAUCUUCAUCAGUUUUUUUGCGGUGGGACCGCAGGUUGUGGCCCUCCCCCGACCCGACAAGACUCCGCCCAACGCCACUUACCCCGCCUCUGCCAACUUCACCGGCUUUAAACUGGACACGCUGCGUGGCAACCUCGGAGCUGGAUACACAGAUGACUACACUACGGGGGUGAUGAUGUCAUUUGCCACAGUUUUUGCUGUCAUGUUUAAUGGCUGCACUGGCAUAAUGGCAGGAUCCAACAUGUCUGGUGAUCUGAAAAAUCCGAGUUACUCUAUUCCUCGUGGGACAAUCACAGCAGUCAUAUUCACCUUCAUUAUAUACAACCUGCUCAGUCUGUUAGUAGCCUGCACCUGUGACAGAGUGCUAUUACAGAGAGAUUACAGUUUUCUGAGGGACAUUAAUGUAUGGCACCCAUUUGUCACUAUUGGUGUCUACUCCUCGACGCUCUCCGCCGCCAUGAGCAACCUGAUCGGAGCGUCGCGCAUACUCUACGCCCUGGCUCGGGAUGACCUCUUCGGUAAAGUUUUGUCUCCUGCUAAAAAGACGUCCCGCGGCGGCAAUCCCUGGGUCUCUGUGCUCAUCUCCUGGUUCCUCGUCCAGAUGGUCUUGUUCUCGGGGAAGCUGAACACCAUUGCCAGUAUAGUAACCAUAUUUUUCCUGUUGGUCUACGCCGCUGUGGACUUGGCCUGUCUUGCGUUGGAGUGGGCAUCGGCUCCUAACUUCAGGCCGACCUUUCGGUAUUUUACCUGGCACACCUGUGUCUUGGGGAUCAUUGGCUGUGCAGUGAUGAUGUUUCUGAUCAACGCCAUCUACGCCUCAGCCAGCAUAGCCUUCAUGCUCCUGCUCCUGGUCCUCAUCCACUACCUCAGCCCAACCAGCAGCUGGGGUUACAUCAGCCAAGCCCUCAUCUUCCACCAGGUGCGUAAGUACCUGUUGAUGCUGGAUGUGCGUAAGGACCAUGUGAAGUUCUGGCGGCCCCAGGUCCUGCUGAUGGUGUCCAACCCCAGGGCAAGUGUGGGUCUGAUCACCUUUAUCAACGACAUCAAGAAGAGUGGCCUUUAUGUCCUGGGUCACGUCCAGCUAGGAGACCUGAACGUGUUACCCUCUGAUCCUCUGCAGAGCCAGUAUGACUCGUGGCUGUCUCUUGUGGAUCAUUUGAAUAUUAAGGCUUUUGUCAACCUGACUCUGGCCAAUUCAGUCAGACAUGGAGUACAACACCUUCUUUUCAUCUCAGGACUGGGCGGGAUGAGACCGAACACUCUCGUUUUGGGUUUCUAUGAUGACUGUCCUCCUGUCGACCAGCUCCUGGAUCGUUCUUCCCCUGCAGGCAAUUCUGUGGACACCUCUGGCCUCUCUCAGGACCCCGAGGACCAGGAUGAGCAGCCGUUCCACUUCCCGCCCCUUCGAGGCGGGGAGCCCUCGGAGGGCAACGGCAAGCCCGGAGGCGUGUCCUUCGGCGGGAAGGUUCUGGGCCCUCAGGAGUACGUGUGCGUGAUCGCCGACGCGGUGAAAAUGUCGAAGAACGUGGCGUUGGCGCGGUAUUUCGGGCAGUUUGACCGUACGCUGGCGCUAAAGGGUAAAGUGUACGUGGACGUCUGGCCCGUAAACCUCCUGCGUCCAGACAGCAGCACCUACGUGGACACGUGUUCUCUCUUCCUGCUGCAGCUGGCGUGCAUCUUGAGCAUGACUCGCGCUUGGCAACGGGCUAGGCUCCGCCUCUUUUUAUGCGUGGAGGCGGGGCGGAGCCUGAAAGGGGCGGAGCUCAAGCUUGGGCAUCUCCUCAAAGAGCUGAGGAUGAAAGCGGACGUUUACACGGUUCCCUGGGAUACGCAGGUUGCCCUGCACUGGCAGCGCCAGGGUAUCAUGACGAAAGAGAAGGAGCUGGAGCGGGAAGGGAGAGAGGAAGGUGAGGAUGAAGAGAUCGAAGAGGAGGGGGAUUUCGCAAACAGUUUCCCUAGCAACGCCGCCAGGUUGUCAGACGAGUACUUGGAAGCUGUUAAUAGGCUGAUCUUGGACCAGCCCCACCCACCCCCCACUGUGCGUUUCCUGUAUUUGCCCCGCCCCCCCGCGGACACGAGCCGUUACCAAGACUACCUGCAUCAGCUGGAGCUUCUAAGCCGUGACCUUGGGCCAACCAUGCUGAUUCACGGGGUCACGCCCGUGAUCACUACCGACCUUUGACCUUUCUGACCCUACUGCUUUGGAACAAAUUAGGAAAAUGAUUUUUCUCCGUCUUUUUUUCUUUCUUUCUUUUUUUCUUUCUUUGUAGAAUGAAAAAAUUCUACAAAAUGACUUCCAGAACUGAUCUGCCCCUCUUCUAGCUGCUCUUAACAGAAGGGAGGAGAAGAACCAAAAGGAAAGAGAAAGAAGACAGAGAG